AUGACGUUUAGAAAUCCUAAUUCCCGUAUUCCUCAUUCCUUUAUUCUUCAAAUCUUUAUUCCUUAUUCCCUUUCCUCAUUCCAUUAUUCCCUUAUUCUUAAUUCCUCUAUUCCCUUAUUGCCAAUUCCUUUAUACUAUUUCCUUAUUCCUUAUUUCUAUUCCUUAUUCCUUAAUUACUAUUAUUCCCUUAUUCACUUAUUCUCUUAUUACACAUUCAUUUAUUCUAUUCCUUUAUUUCUUAUUAUCAUUCCUUAUUCAACAAUUCCUAGUCCUCAUUCUCUUAUUUUCUCAUUCUCUUAUUCACUUAUUUUUCAUUCCCUUAUUCCUUAUUCCCAUUCUCUUAAUCUUCCCAUAAUUAUUCUUAUUCCUUUAUUUCUUUAUUUAUUCCCAUUCCUUAAUUCUUAUCCCCCAAUUCCUCGUCCUCAUUCCUUUAUUCCUCAUUCCCUCAUUCCAGAAUCCCUUUAUUCCUUUAUUCCUCAUUCCAGAAUCCCUUUAUUCCUUUUUCCUCAUUCCUCAUUCCAGAAUCCCUUUAUUCAUUCCCUCAUUAAUCCUUUAUUCCUUUAUUCCUCAUUCCCUCAUUCCAGAAUCCCUUUAUUCCUUUAUCCCUCAUUCCAGAAUCCCUUUAUUCCUUUAUUCCUCAUUCCCUCAUUCCAGAAUCCCUUUAUUCCUUUAUUCCUCAUUCCCUCAUUCCAGAAUCCCUUUAUUCCUUUAUUCCUCAUUCCCUCAUUCCAGAAUCCCUUUAUUCCUCAUUCCCUCAUUCCAGAAUUUUUUUUUCUUUGA